AUGUUUACCAGCGGCAUGAAGGAAGCUCAACAGGCCAAGGUUCCCCUUUGCACCCAGUUCACCGCAGCUGACCUGGGGCUGAUCAUCUCCUUCGCUUACUCAGGAGUGUUGAGAGGUGGGUGGGAUUAUAUAUUCGAAGCUGCGCAAGCUGCUCUUCAAUAUCAAGUCUCUGGCAUCUUGGACCUCUGUCUGGAUCUGUUCCGCUACAAGCUCACUCCAGAAACCUGUCUGGAUGUUCUCUCUUUUGCCCGAGCUUACGGCCUACCCGAUAUUGAAAACACUGCGGAGAAGUUUAUAUUAAACAGCUUUGUUCGUGUCACGAAAACGGCAAAGUUCCUAGAUCUUCCCAUAAAUCAGCUGGUGGACUUCCUUAGUUCUGAUUCACUCUACAUCCUCAAUGAACUGGAAGCUUUCCAAGGAGCCGUCCGCUGGUUGACUUCUGACUGGGCCGGGCGGAUGAACUGUGCCGAGAAAGUGUUGCACUGCAUCAGAUUUCCACUGAUGUCCAACCGAGAACUCAAACAGGUGAGGAAAGAAGAGAUGAUGGCCGACCCUGGUCGCCUCUACAACCUCAUGGUUCAAUCCUUAGCUAGCAUCCCACCAGGUCCUUCCAAGAUGGAGCAACUUCCUUGCCGGGUGAGAUAUCCAGAGAAGGUCAUUGUGAUUAGCGGAGGAGAUACUUUGACCAAAAAUAUGGCUACUCGCAGCCCUUGCCAGGAUUUCUGGUUCACCCACCGCUUUCUUAACGGCAUCGGCUUGGUCAAACAAGUGGAGUGGCGUCGUCUUGGUUACCUCCCAGAGAAACCGCGAUUCCGGCACGCCGUAGUGGUCAAGGACAAUAAGAUGUACCUCUUUGGGGGAAAGCAUUAUUAUGGUGUCAGGGAUACAAUGUGUUCAGUGUUCAG